UCCCUGGGCCUGGGGCGCGGCCGCAGAGGAGGUUGCCGGGGGCCGCCAGGCGGGCAGCGCCCCCUGGGCUGGGAGGGGGUGGGCCGGGCCCGAGUCCUGCCCGUUUCCGGCCCCCGCGUACCUCGGCCCGAACGCACGCGGCGGCCGCGCGGCCUUUCCCGCUUCCCGUCCGUGCCCCGCGCGCACGCGCCAGCCUACGCGCGCCCUGUGAGGGCCUUCCCGCUCCCCGUACCCCCUUCGCGCGCCCGGUAUGGCCCUUUCCGCUCCCCGUCGAGCCUCCGCGCUUGCGUGCGCAGCUCUCCGCGUCCCCCCUCCCCCCCGUUGGGCUUUGCGCGUGCGCGGUCUUUCCCGCCGCGCGGACUCUGUCCUGGGCCUCCCCCGCCCGCCGGGGGCCCGGGCGCGGCCGGGAGACGCCGCCCUCCUGCCCGGAAGGGUGCGGGCCCUCCUCCGCCUUCUCCGGCCGCCGGGCCCCUCCCCGUCUACCCACAAAGGAUGGCCGCGCGCCCGGCCCCCCCACCCCCCCUUUGUUCCUGCCCGCGGGGGGCGCUCCGGGCCGGCCGUUCCCCGCGGGUGGAGCCCCCGGCGGCGGGGCAGCCGCUCGGGCCGGGGCCGUGGUGGCGCUGGCUUGUCGCAGCAUCGUCCCAGACAUAGCAGUUGGUACAAAGCGGGGAUCCGACGAGCUUUUCUCUGCCUGCGUCAGUAACGGACCCUUUAUCAUGAGCAGUAACUCGGCUUCUGCAGCAAAUGGGAACGACAGCAAGAAGUUCAAGGGGGACAGCCGAAGUGCGGGCGUGCCCUCCAGAGUGAUCCACAUCCGGAAGCUCCCGGGCGACGUGACGGAGGGCGAGGUCAUCUCUCUGGGGCUCCCCUUUGGGAAGGUCACCAAUCUCCUGAUGCUGAAAGGGAAGAAUCAGGCCUUCAUCGAGAUGAACACGGAGGAGGCCGCCAACACCAUGGUCAACUACUACACGUCCGUGACGCCCGUGCUGCGCGGCCAGCCCAUCUACAUCCAGUUCUCCAACCACAAGGAGCUCAAGACGGACAGCUCGCCCAACCAGGCACGGGCCCAGGCCGCGCUGCAGGCGGUGAACUCCGUGCAGUCAGGAAACCUGGCCCUGGCGGCCUCGGCUGCCGCGGUGGAUGCUGGGAUGGCCAUGGCCGGCCAGAGCCCAGUGCUGCGGAUCAUCGUGGAGAACCUUUUCUACCCAGUGACUCUGGAUGUGCUCCACCAGAUCUUUUCCAAGUUUGGUACGGUCCUGAAGAUCAUCACUUUCACCAAGAAUAACCAGUUCCAGGCACUGCUGCAGUACGCCGACCCUGUGAGCGCCCAGCACGCCAAGCUGUCGCUGGACGGACAGAACAUCUACAACGCCUGCUGCACGCUCCGAAUCGACUUCUCCAAGCUCACCAGCCUCAACGUCAAGUACAACAACGACAAGAGCCGGGACUACACGCGCCCUGACCUGCCUUCCGGUGACAGCCAGCCCUCGCUGGACCAGACCAUGGCCGCCGCCUUUGGCCUCUCUGUCCCUAACGUGCACGGGGCGCUGGCCCCCCUGGCCAUCCCAUCCGCGGCGGCGGCGGCAGCGGCGGCGGGCCGGAUCGCCAUCCCAGGCCUGGCCGGGGCAGGGAAUUCUGUCCUGCUGGUCAGCAACCUCAACCCCGAGAGAGUCACACCCCAAAGCCUCUUUAUUCUUUUCGGCGUGUACGGCGACGUGCAGCGGGUGAAGAUCUUGUUCAAUAAGAAGGAGAACGCGCUGGUGCAGAUGGCCGACGGGAGCCAGGCGCAGCUGGCCAUGAGCCACCUCAACGGGCACAAGCUGCACGGAAAGCCGGUGCGCAUCACGCUGUCCAAGCACCAGAAUGUGCAGCUGCCCCGUGAGGGCCAGGAGGACCAAGGCCUCACCAAGGACUACGGCAACUCCCCCCUGCACCGCUUCAAGAAGCCGGGCUCCAAGAACUUCCAGAACAUCUUCCCGCCUUCAGCCACCCUGCACCUCUCCAACAUCCCGCCCUCGGUGUCUGAGGACGACCUGAAGAUCCUUUUCUCCAGCAACGGCGGGAUCGUCAAGGGGUUCAAGUUCUUCCAGAAGGACCGCAAAAUGGCGCUGAUCCAGAUGGGCUCCGUGGAGGAGGCCAUCCAGGCGCUCAUCGACCUGCACAACCAUGACCUGGGCGAGAACCACCACCUGAGGGUCUCCUUCUCCAAGUCCACCAUCUAGGGCUGCCGUGGACCAGCCUGCCGGUGCCCGGCCACAACUUCCAUCAUUCCAGAGAAAAGCCACUUUAAAAAGCAGCUGAAGUGACCUUAAAAGACCAGAGAUUUUAUUUUUUUAAAAGAGAAAUCAGUUUACCUGUUUUUAAAAAAAUUAAAUCCAAUUCACCUUACUUACCCUGGGGAGAUGGGGUGCCGGCCUCAGGCUCUCGGGGACUAGCGGACAGUGCGCCCUGCUCCCCCCCCCCAGCCCCCCCAGUCCGUGCCUUCUGCAGCCUCUGCGGGGUGGGCGUUCCCAGACCUCGACUCGGCUUUCCUGUGCCUUACAACCCACUGCUCUGGCAGAGCCCCUCUGUGGGUGGGGGGGGGCCUCCCGCGUGGGAUCAUGUGCCUGGUGCAGCGGGGGGCUGUGAGCUGCAGGGUCCAGCCGGCACCCCAACCCGUUCAAUCAAGUGUGUGAUUCGCCCCAGCCCCAGGGACCCUGACCCGGGGCAAGGCCCCGAGGGCACCGGCCACCUCCAGCUCUGAGCUCCGCCCCCCAGAACCUCUGUAUUACGCUUCGACGCAGCUGCAGAGUCUGUGCCCAGCAAUAUUUCAACUUGACCAAAUACUCUAAUCUCAUUUAUAUGCAAAAGAGAUAGUUUUAAGUAACUUUUUAUAUAGCCAGAUAAAAGUGGUGUGCGUGUACUCCGUUUCCUCGUGUUCUCACCUUGCAUACUGUACUCUGACCUUACUCCUUGUGCUGAAGUCGUGGGGCAGGAUCCAGAUUCCAGGGCAGGCCGGCUGGGGGCCGGUGCAGGGGAGCCCCGGUCUUUCCCGAGGACACCCCCCGGAUGCCUUACACCUAACGGUCCCCCCACCCCCACCCCAGGGGGGGACAAGCGCUCUUAAAACUUCAGGGUUUCCGCUCUCCUGCAGAUUUUGGACCAAAGUUUUGUUUGUUUUUUUGUCUGCCUCUAACGCUGGGGCCCCAGGAAGAGGGACAGCGGCCCCCGAGUCUUAACUGUCUCCUGCCCGUCGUCCUGCACUCACGGGUCCAAGGGGCUCCCCUGUGAGCAGACCCCAUGCUGGCCAGCCCCUCCCUCGGGCCUGGACCUUUGAGUGUCCGUGUUGGGGUGGAACAAGGGUGUACAUAUUUAUAAUUUUUUAUACCUGUUGUAAAACGAGGGGCAGCAAACAUGGUUUUUUAUAAAGGUGACACAGAUGUAUAUUUUGGUAACCCACAGUUACAGGCUCAGUAUUGUGACGGGGAGCGCGGCGCAUCCCACGGCCCCCCCCAGCGGCUUGUAAUGCAGAGAGAACCGAAUUAAAGCAAUUUUACAACUCCUA